GUGGAAACCAAGAUAUACUGUAUUAUCUACAUACAAACCCAUUUACAGAUCUGAAAACAGAUGAACCAUGAAAAAUGCUUCUCAACAACGCCAUUUCAACUCGCCAUCUUCACACCCACCUCACCGCCACGCACCGCCGCAAAACCUUCCCAAUUGCAUUAGCCCAACAGAAACAACCCAUAGCCGCCGCGAAUUUCUCCAUCUCCGAUGAGGAGCUUCGGUCCAGAGGCUUCAAUUUCCACACCACCACCGCCAACCUAAACCUAGACCACCUCAAUGCGGUGUUCGCCGCCGUGGGAUUCCCGAAGCGCGACCCCGUCAAGGUACGGACGGCGUUGGAGCACACCGACGCGCUGUUGUGGGUGGAGGACGAGAAGGCGGAGCGGCUGGUGGCGUUCGCCAGAGUCACCGGAGACGGAGUGUUCAACGGCAUCAUAUGGGAUGUGGUGGUGGACCCCAGGUUCCAAGGGAUUGGGCUGGGGAAGGCGGUGAUGGAGAGGAUCGUCAGCAAGCUGCUCGAGAAAGGGGUUACUAACAUUGCUCUGUAUUCGGAGCCCCGGGUUCUCGGGUUCUAUCGGUUGCUGGGGUUUGUAGCCGACCCGGAUGGCAUUACGGGAAUGGUGUACUCAAGAAAGUACAAAAAUAAAAUGUGAUUUGGUGAAAAAAAUUACUCAGUAAAGGACUAUUACUCUAAUUUACUAGUACAAUUUUACAUUUACUGGUACAAUUUUACACCAGUCGAAGUUUGAACUAGGAGGGACGGGGUGGGUACUGCUAGACCCAGACCCGCCCCAUGACUUGGAGGGACGGGUUCGCCCCGCCUCGUGACCUGCACGGGUCAAAACUUGUUGACCCAUGACCCGCCUCAUGCAGGGCGGGUCUGUCCCGCCCCGCUGUAUACUAAUUAGCUAGUAUGUAUUUUUAUUUGUGGGAAGUUGUUACUAAUUGAAUCUAUAUAAAGUUUAUUUCUAAAUAAUAAUUAAACAUUAAUAUAUUAAAUCAAAUUC